UGUUCAUCGGAUUUAACAACCAUGUCAAGCUCUUUAAAGAUACUUGCUCUUUUAAUGCUUCUGAUAUUAUUUGUUAUCAUCUAUAAAUUAUUCUAUCAACAAAUUGAUACUCUAGGCAUUUCUUUUAUAUACCAAGGGAAUAAAAGCUACAAUCUAAAUAACAUUAAAAAUCAAGCAGAUGGAAACAUUUUUCAGGAGACAACUGAUAGCUUGAGGAUAUCACCCCCACUCCAUCCUAAAAGUUACAAAGAUAUUCUAAGCCAAGGAAAUUGCAUCAUAUUUCUGGAGACCACUGACAAACUGGAGCCAACAAACUUGGUACUAUGUGCAGUUGAAUCAGCAGCACUUGUUUACCCCAAUAGAUCUGUAAUUUUAUUUAUGAAAGGUUUGACAAAUUUGAAAUCAGAAGAUGAAAACAAUAUAAGAAGCCUUUUCCCAACCCUUUUGUCUUUCAAUAAUGUCUACAUAUUUCCUCUGCUAACAGAUGAAGUGUUUAAAGGUACACCCUUGCUAACCUGGUAUUUGAAGGUUAAUCCUAGUAUGGAACAAUAUUGGACCCAUGUACUUGCAGAUGGCUGCAGGCUGGCACUGAUUUGGAAAUAUGGCGGCAUGUACUUUGACACUGACAUUGUCUCAAUUCAACCAGUUCCAGUUGUCAAUUUUUUGGCAGCCGAGUCCUCUAAGUAUUCAAGUAAUGGAGCUCUUGGCUUUUCUCCACAUCAUGAAUUCAUCUGGAAAUGCAUGGAAGACUUUGUCCGUAACUAUAAGGGAGAGGUGUGGGGACAGCAAGGGCCUUUAUUAUUAACAAGAAUUCUAGAACAGAUUUGCUCUCAGCAUAGGUUUAUGGCUUUAGAGGAUAUUAUGUGUGGAAAUAUCACUUUCAUGAAUCCUGUCAGAUUCUAUUCUGUAUCUGGUAAUAAUUGGAGGACGUUCUAUGAAGUUUGGAAGCCAGUGCCAAUAUUCAACAACUCAUAUGGCUCACAUUUUUGGAACUACAUGAAUCAUGAGAAAGCAGCAAAGGUUGUGAUUCCUGGAAGUAACACUUUAGCAGAAUAUCUUUACAAACAAUUUUGUCCAAACAACUAUGAAGCUCUUAAGAGAAAAAAUUAAAACAACGUGUAAUUGUUUGUAAGGGGUAAAUUAUCUAACUCGGGUUUCAGAAACAUGCUCAUUAAAUCAGUUGCCAGCUUAAAGGGACAUGAAACCCACAUAAGUUAUUUUAAUGAUUAAGAUAGAGCAUGCAAUUUUAAACAGCUUUCUCAUUUACUUUUAUUAUCAAAUAAUCUUUGUUCUAUUUGUAUCUUUUGUUGAAUAGCAGGGACAUAGGCUCAGGAGCAUGCACAUGUUUGGACCACUAUAUUAUUAUUAUCAGGUAUUUGUAGAGCACCAACAGAUUCUGCAGCACUAUGACAUAGGUGGUAUACAAAAUAACAUUUACUGGGGUCAAGUGGGUAGAGAGCCCUGCCGAGAGUUGCACUUUUGUAGUAGGCUCUUAUGAAUGUCUUAUGAAUUAAGUUCCAUAACAUGGGAGCCAGUCUGGAAAAGUCUUGUAAAUGGGAAUGUGAGGAGGUAACAAGAGAGGAGGAGAGUAUAAUGAUCAUGAGCGAAGGGGAUGGGAGGGAGAGUAUCUGGAGACAAGGUCUAAGAUGUAGGAGGGAGCAGUGCAGUUGAGGGCUUUGUGUGUCAGAGUGAGAAUUUUGUGUUUAAUCUUGGAGGCAAGAGGAAGCCAGUGAAGGAAUUGGCAGAGAGGUGCAGCAGAUGAAGAGCGACAUGUAAGGAAGAUGAGCCUGGCAGAGACAUUCAUUAUGGAUUGUAAAGGAGCUAGGAGGCAGCUAGGGUGACCAGAGAGGAUGGAGUUGCAGUAGUCGAGGUGGGAAAGGAUGAGAGAGUGGAUUCAAAUCUUGUGUCUUGUGUAAGGAAAUUUCUAAUUUUAGAGUUGUUAUAAGGUGGAAGCGAUAGGCUUUAGUCAAGGACUGAAUGUGAGGAGUGAAAGAGAGAUCUGAGUCAAAUGUGACCCCAAGACAUCGGGCAUGUGGAGUUGGGAUAAUAAUGGAGUUAUCAAAAGUUAUAGAGAAAUGGGGGGUGGAGAUUUUGGAAGAAGUGGGGAAAAUAAGGAGCUCAGUUUUAGAGAGAUUUAGCUUGAGGUAGUGAGAGGACAUCCAGGAUGAGAUAUGAGAGAGACAUUUAGUUAUAUGGGUUAGCAAGGAAGGAGAUUGUUUUGGUGCAGAGAGGUAGAUUUUGGUGUCAUCAGCAUACAAAUGAUAAUGAAACUCAUGGGACUUUAUUAAGGAACCUAAUGAUGACGUGUAGAUUGAGAAGAGAAGGGGACCAAGGACAGAGCCUUGCGGUACUCCAACAGAAAGAGGUAACAGGGCAGAGGAUGCCACAGAGAAGUCUACACUAAAGGUAUGGUUAGACAGAUAAGAAGAGAACCACAAUAGAGAAGUGUUGCAGAUGCCGAAGGAAUGGAUGGUUUGGAGCAAAAGAGGGUGGUCGACAGUAUCAAAGGCUGCAGACAGAUCAAGGAGAAUAAGGAGAGAGAAGUGGCCUUUGGAUUUUGCUGUAAGUAGGUCAUUGAUAACCUUAACAAUUGCUGUCUCUGUGGAGUGUAGGGGGCAAAAUCCAGAUUGCAGUGGGUCAAGGAGGGAGUUUAAUGUAAGGAAAUGGGAUAGACGUGCAUAUACUAGCUUUUCAAGAAACUUUGAGGCAAGAGGGAGUAGGGAAAUAGGGCUGUAGUUGGAUGGGGAGGUUGGAUCAAGAGAGGGUUUUUUGAGGAUAGGUGUGACCAGUGUAUGUUUAAGAGAUGAGGAAAAUAUACCAGUGCUGAGGGAGAGGUUGAAGAUGUGUGUAGUAUAGGGGUAAGGGCAGAAGAGAGGGAGGGGAGUAGAUGUGAGGCGAUAGGGUCGAGGGGACAGGUAGUGAGGUGAGAGGAUAGUAUAAGGGCAGAAACUUCUUCUUCUAUAACAGGGGUAAAAGAGCAACAUUUUUGGCUAUGUGGGUUUUGGAUGAUUGUGAGCUUUUGAGGGGUUGGGAGACCAGUAGUAUGUUGAGAGUUGAUUUCAUUUCUUUUGAUGGAGUCGAUUUUGUUGUUGAAGUAGCUGGCAAAAUCUUGAGAUGAGAGAGAAGUUGUAGUGGGAGGUGGGCGGAGAAGAGUAUUAAAUGUGGAGAACAAACAUUUUGGGUUUGAAGAAAGAGUAGAGAUAAGAUUAGAGAAGUAAUGUUGCUUAUAUAGAUUAAGGGAAGAAUAGUAAGAAUUCAAGAUGAACUUAUAGUGAAGAAAGUCAGCUGAACUCUGAGAUUUCCUCCAGUGUCACUCAGCAGUACAGGAACAUCGGAAGGGGGUGGGUGGAAAUUCCCCCUAAGCAGACCUUUGCUGUUUAUACCCAAAUGUAAGCACCUACCUGAAUCAAUGUUUUGAUGCCAAAGAACCAUCAUAUUUUAAAUUAUGCACAGUUCAUGUGUACAUUAAAGGGUUAGUACAUUCAAAAUUAAACUUUCAUAAUUUAGAUACAGCAUACUAUUUUAAGCAACACACUGCUUGGAGCUAGCAGGUGAUAGGUGGCUGCAUUUAUGGCUCUUGUCACUACUCACUAGAUGUAUUCAGCAAGCUACAGUAGUUUAUUACUGAUCCUGAGUCUACUCUUCAACAAAGAAUACCAAGAGUUUAAAGCAAAUCUGAUUAUACAGUACAUGCAAAUUGCAUGCUCUUUCUGAAUCAUGGAAGUUUAAUUUGACAUUACUGUCCCUUUAAGCAACUUUCUCUUGCUGUUUUAUUUUUUUUAUCCUAUAACUUUUCAAAUCCUUAUAAUGCUCAAUAGGUUCAUUAUAAUUUAUAAUGUAUAAAUGACAUACGUCCAGAUUACGAGUUUUGCGUUAUGAGUGGCUCAGUGCUAACUUGCAAGUAAUUUCCAUCACUCACCUCUCUAUAGUGAUGCUAUUACAGGUUUUCAUAAACCUGGGGUUAGCGGGCAAUAUGUGAGCGUUGAGCAAAAUUGAGCUCCAUACCGCACUCAAAUACCAGCGCUGCUUUGAGCUGGUUUUACGUGCUUGUGCACGAUUUCCCCAUAGACAUCAAUGGGGAGAGCCGGCUAAAAAAAAGCCUAACACCUGCAAUAAAGGAGCGUAAAAGCGCCAUAACGCAGCCCCAUUGAUUCCUAUGGGGAAAUAAAAGUUAUGUUUACACCUAACACCCUAACAUAAACCCCGAGUCUAAACACCCCUAAUCUGCUGUCCCCAACAUUGCCAACACCUACAUUAUACUUAUUAACCCCUAAUCUGCCGCCCCCUACACCGCCGACACCUACACUUAUUAACCCCUAAUCUGCCGCCCCCGACAACGCCGACACCUACCUACACUGAUUAACCCCUAAACUGCCGCCCCCAACAUCGCCGCCACCUACCUACACUUAUUAACCCCUAAUCUGACGCCCCCGACAACGCCGACACCUACCUACACUGAUUAACCCCUAAACUGCCGCCCCCAACAUCGCCGCAACCUACCUACACUUAUUAACCCCUAAUUGGCCGCCCCAAUGUCGCCGCCACCCACCUACACUUAUUAACCCCUAAUCUGCCGCCCCCAACGUCGCCGCCACUAUAGUAAAGUUAUAAACCCCUAAACCUAACCCUAAAUGUAACCCUAACACUAAUACCCACUAACUUUAAUAUAAUUAAAAUAAAUCAAAAUAAAAAAUACUAUUAUUAACUAAAUAAUACCUAUUUAAAACUAAAUAUUUACCUGUAAAAUAAAC